GCAAAAUAUUAAAAUAAUCAAAGUAUAAAUAUCUUUUUAACUAGCAUUAGUAAAUAGAAUAGAGAAAUGAAAACCACAAUUUUUGUAUCUAGAAAAAAAUAUUUAUUCACUGUGUCAAAAAAAAUAUAGUAUCGAGGUAAAUCAUAAAAUAAAACAUGGGUAAGCGAUCUCGUAAGGUUUUUGAAGAAACUAAGAAAAAUGAAGCAACGAAAGAGCUAACAGACGAAGUCAUUUUACAGCCAGUGAUAACUUCGGAUGAACCUCCAGCAAAACAGUCCAGAUGGAUAAACAAGCAGAGAGCACUAAUAUUCUCAUCUCGUGGAAUUUCUCAUCGUGCAAGACAUUUGAUGAUAGACUUGAGAACGAUGAUGCCACAUUCAAAAGCAGAACCAAAAAUGGACAGAAAAGAUAAACUCUUUGUCAUAAAUGAGAUCUGUGAAAUGAAGAACUGCAAUAAGUGUGUUUUCUUUGAGGCAAAAAAGAAACAAGACUUGUAUAUGUGGGUCUCAAACUGUCCCAGAGGGCCCUCAGCAAAGUUUUUAGUUGAAAAUGUUCACACAAUGUCUGAGCUGAAGAUGACUGGAAAUUGCCUUAAAGGCUCAAGGCCUUUGCUGUCAUUCGAUAAUGCAUUUGAUGAUGAACCAUAUUUGUCAUUGCUGAAGGAAUUAUUCAUACAGACGUUUGGGACUCCCAACCACCAUCCCAAGAGCCAGCCGUUUUUCGACCACGUGUUCACAUUUUCGGUCACAGACAACCGAAUCUGGUUCAGGAACUACCAGAUACUGGAGGAAGAUGGCUCUCUGGUCGAGAUAGGUCCAAGAUUUGUUCUCAACCCGAUCCGCAUCUUUGAAGGAAGUUUUGGAGGUCCGACCCUGUUCACCAAUCCACACUAUGUAUCACCUAAUACACAUCGACAGUUGAUACGUCGUCAAGUUGCACAGAAAUACAUAAACCGUGUCCACGCAAAGAAAUCAUUGGACGAGAGGAAACCAGAGUUCACGUACCGCUCAGACAUCACUGAUGACGUUUUCGUUACCAUACGACCAGAGGACAAUCAGCAAAAUGGAUAAAAUGCUAAAUGUUAAUGACAAAUUAUGUUACGAAUGUCUUCUUGUAUGCUCAAAGUGCAUAAGAAAAGAUAAAACUAUACACAAAAUUGCCCAUGCCAAGCCUCUAAGGGGAAUCAUACCAUAUUCUUAAUUUUCAUAAGAACAAUUCAAAUGCAAUUUCCUAUGUGAUAGCACAUGAUUUGUAUUUGAAAAUGAUUGAAUAAGGAACUCAUGCUGACUCUGAACCAGAAUACUUUUUUUAAUGCAAGAUAUUUUAAAUUCAAAUUAUUAUGCCUUGCAAACAAAGUUCGGAAUUUUAUAAUUUCGAUGAAUUUCUAAACUUGUGAAAUCUGGAACAGAAAAAAUGUCUCAGUAUUUACAUGUUCCUUGCAUAACAAUAUUAUUUCUUGUACUUGUAUUUGUUAUGUAUGCAUAUUAACUGCAAUUGUUCCAGCUUUCUGUAUUGCAAUGGUGAUGGUGUUGAAAUGUUAAUAAAAAAAUUGUGGCAUUACGAUACAGAUCAUUCAGAUUAGUGAUAUUUAUGCAAUCUGUACACUUAAAUUAAUGUUUAAUUGUGUGUGCGUAAUGUUUAACAGGCAAAUAAACUCAAAAUAAACCAGAUAAGCCUA